AUGGCCAGGGACAAAACCAUGGAGAGCGGCCGGGAAGACAAGCCCUUCGUGCCGGGGACAGUACACCUUGUUGAUUUGGAAGGGACAAUGCAUGCGAAGCACGCGUCCAAAGGCUCAAAAGACAUUGUGCUUGUUCCUGCACCGAGCAGCGACCCCGAUGAUCCACUGAAUUGGAGCCCACGGAGGAAGCUGUUGUCAACGUCCUGCAUGUGCAUGUACACGCUUAUGGUCGGCAUCGCCAGCGCUGCAAUCUACUCUGUCCUCGUACCCAUAAGUGAAGAUACUGGUCUCACACUGGGAGAUCUAAAUGCUGGAACCGGUUACAUGUUCCUGUUCUUUGGAUGGGGUUGCCUUGUUUUCCAGCCUCUCGCUCUGCAGUAUGGCAAGCGACCUAUCUAUCUCCUCUCGUUGCUUGCUACUCUGGCCAUCCAAGUUUGGGCGCCAUACACCAAAACGAACGGACAAUGGAUCGCGAACAAAAUCCUCCAGGGCUUCUUCGGCGCCCCGAUCGAAUCCUUGUGCGAAAUCUCCGUGACAGACAUCUACUUUGCCCACGAGCGUGGAUACUACAUGGCCAUCUACGGGCUCUUUCUUGCAGGCUCCAACUUUUUCGCACCCAUCAUAGCUGGGUUCAUCGCCAACGCUCAAGGGUGGGCUUGGGUCCUCUAUUGGGCGGCCAUCUUCAACGGAAUCGGCUUCGUAUACUGCUUUUUCCUAAUGGAGGAAACCAACUACUCCCGAAAGACUCUCGCUGGUCAAGAGUCAAGAGAACAAAGUGGAACCCAAACUCCAGUCAAUGAUGAGGCAGUCCAGAACACAGUUCCAGAUGAGAAGACUGUCUACCAGACUCCUGCCGAAGCAACCGAAGAGGGGAUAGGUGCGACAAUUCUGCCGAAGAAGACCUAUAUGCAGAAGCUCAGACUGUUCCAACCUGGGGCUUUUUCCAAAAAGAAUGAAAUUCCAGGCAUGAUGCUUCGACCGCUUCUCUAUGCCGUCAGUUUUCCUGUGGUCGCGUAUUCUGGCUUCUCUUAUGGAAGCAACUUGGUAUGGUUUAACGUGCUCAACGGUACUGCGUCUCUAAUCCUCUCGGGAGCACCGUACAAUUUCUCUAGCAGUAUGGUUGGAGUGAGUUACGUCAGUCCCCUGAUUGGAGUCUUCCUCGGUGCCGCCUACACCGGCAAGUUCGGCGACUGGUUCGUUGUCAAGUACGCCCGGCGCAAGGGUGGCAUCAUGGAAUCUGAAUAUCGACUGUGGCUGUUUACUGCCUCGCUGGCACUGAUCCCCUUUGGACUCUUGCUUUGGGGAAUCGGCGCGUACCACCACGUCCACUGGUUCGGCUUGGUCUUUGCAAUGUGCAUUAUCGCCCUGACUAACACUAUCGGCCUGCAACUAAGCGUGAGCUAUUGUAUCGACAGCUACCGCGACCUGGCUGGUGAGACUAUCAUUACAGUCAUCCUCAUACGAAAUACCAUGUCAUUCGCAAUCGGGUACGGGUUGACACCUUGGGUUACCAACAUGGGGUACCAGAAUGCCUUUAUCACGGCUGCCUUUGCAGGGUUGGCCCAGGCGCUUACCUUCUUGAUCUUUGUCAAGUAUGGAAAAUAUUUCCGCGUCCGCUCGACGAAUCUGUACCUCAAGUUUGCGAAGGAAAUCACGGAUGCUGGAUUGACGCAUUAA